UUUGAACGCAUUUUUAGAAUUAAUGCAUUGUAAUCUAAGCUUCAAUAAGACGUCAAUGUAUUCAUUUCGUUGUUGAUUUAUAGAUUGAGAUUCAAAUUAUUGAAAAUGGAUCAGGAGAAUAGGAACUGGCAAGCUGGAAGAAAAGUUAUCGAAUGUAACAAGUACAUGUUAAUCAACCAAAUCCAGUGUGAUGUUACAUUCAAGGUGGGACUGGAGAAAAAAGAAGUAAAAGCACACCGAUAUGUUUUAGGCAGUAGGAGUUCAGUAUUUUAUACCAUGCUGUUCGGAAGUCUCUCGGGUAAUUCAAAUAACAUCGUUGUGCCCGAUAUUGAACCUGAAGUGUUUCAAGAUCUUUUCAGGUUCCUUUAUUACGAGGAAACAAACAUAAAUGAGGAAAGUGUCACUGGGACUCUGUAUGCGGCAGAGAAGUAUGGUGUAACGGACCUAAAAGAAGCUUGUAAUUUUUACCUGAAAAAUCACAUUAAUGAGGAGUCGGUCUGCGCCAUUAUGGAGAAUGCAAAGCUGUUUAAUUUAAAUGAUUUACUCACCAGAUGUAUUGACUUUAUAGUGCAGUCUGAGGCUACUGCUAAAACAGUUUUGCAGUCACAAGGCUUUCUCGGUCUGAAUAGAGAAUGUUUGUUGUCACUCUUAAAAUUAGAUACAUUGCCUGUAAAUGAGGAAUUUCUCUACAAGUCCUUAAGGUUGUGGUCACAUAAAACUGCGAAAAAGAUGGGAAGGAUGUGAAUAAUUCUGAAAAUAUUCGCAGCAUGAUGGGAGAUCUUUUGUAUCAAAUUGGAUUUCCUUUAAUGUCUUUAGAAACCUUUUGGAAGGAAGUUGCCGGGGACAACAUUUUGACAAACCAAGAAAAAGAUCAAAUUUCAAAAUGUAUCGUAGGGAUACCUUAUGGAGAUACAAUGCCUUUCUUAACAAUUCGUAAGAAAAAGGAUAUAGCUAUUUACAGAGGCACAACUUAUCAGGAUGUAUGGACUUUGAAUGGUGACAUAGACGCCAUCCAGUUUAGAGUCAAUAAAUCUUUGCACAUGCGUGGAUUAAUUUUGCUGGGAAGUUAUGAAACAAGUCCGUACACAUACACAAUAGGAGCAAAAAUAGUAGACAGUGACAAUGAAACAGUAGCAUGCUUUUCAGAGCAAUCUGUUACCAACACUGAAAGAGAAUUCCAAAUAAUCUUUGAUAAUCACUGCUUACUUAAAGCAAACCAGGAAUAUACAAUCUGGUUAAAGAUGAUUGGUCCCCAAAGCUACGCGGUGAGCAAUGGUCAACCCUGUGUCACAGAAAAUGGCGUCAAAUUUACUUUUAGGGAUAGCGAACUGAGUUCGAACAGCACCUCUACAACUAACGGACAAAUUCCUGGACUUCUUUUUAGUACAACGAUAACACAUGACUUGUGUUAAAAAUCGAGCAUCCAUUGUUAAUUUAAUUUGGAUAUGAUUUGGACGAACAUGUAUGUAACCUUAAAACAGUUUUCUUCUGAUUUGAUCACACCUUCCAGUUUCCUUUACAUCCGUCUAGGGCUACUUGAUUUUGGAGAUUCUUACACCAAUUGAAUUCAAAAUAUAUUUUAAAUACCUGAAUG